CGUGGCGGAAUAUGAUUGGACAAGUGACAACACUCGACGUGGCAAUCCAAACAUAUAUAAAUGUAAAUGAUGUUCCAAUUUUACCCCUCACCACAGUCCAAUUCAUCAUCUUCUUCAACCUCUCAUUUUCCCAUUUUAAUUUCUAAAUAAAUAAAUAAAAAUAAAAAUAAAAAAUGCGAAGCUUUGUCUUCUCUCUCCUCAUUUUCUCUCUCUUCCCAAUCUCUCUCUACGCUCGAUCCGUUCUCCUCGUUCUUCAAGACGAUCUCAAGGACUCACCGCCCGAUGAAAACCCUACAGAUUCCACUCACAAUGACUCGCCCGAGUGGGACGAGUUCGGGGAUUCCGAUCCCCACAAGUCCGACGAAGAACUCGAUCCUGGUUCGUGGAGACCGAUCUUUGAGCCUGACUUGUCCUCCGCCGAGCCAGGUUCUGAGUCCGACGCGAUGUACUACUCAGGUGUGUUGAAGAUGGUCAGAGCUGUGAGUACCGGCGAGGAAUUGGUCAUGGAAGAAGGUGCGGCGGAGAUCGAGGCGGCUGCUGCGUCUGGUCAUUCUCAUGCUCAAUCUGUUCUAGGGUUUCUUUACGGUACAGGACAGAUGAAGGAGAAGAAUAAAGGGAAGGCUUUCAUGUAUCAUCAUUUCGCUGCUGAGGGGGGUAAUAUGCAGUCUAAGAUGUCUCUUGCGUAUACUUACUUCAAACAAGAUAUGUAUGAAAAGGCGGUGAAACUCUAUUCAGAAUUAGCUGAAGUAGCAGUGAAUAGCUUCUUGAUUUCGAAGGAUUCACCGGUCAUUGAACCGGUGAGGAUUCACAAUGGAGCAGAGGAGAAUAAGGAGGCUUUGAGGAAAUCUCGAGGAGAAGAGGAUGAAGAUUUUCAAAUUUUGGAAUACCAGGCGCAGAAAGGCAAUGCUGGUGCCAUGUAUAAGAUUGGUCUUUUCUACUAUUUUGGAUUAAGGGGUCUGCGGCGUGACCAUAAGAAAGCAUUGUCUUGGUUUUUGAAGGCUGUGGAGAAAGGUGAGCCAAGGGCAAUGGAGCUCCUUGGAGAAAUAUAUGCUAGGGGAGCUGGGGUGGAAAGGAACUACACAAAAGCUGUGGAAUGGCUCGCACUUGCAUCAAAGCAGCAGCUUUAUUCUGCUUACAACGGAAUGGGUUAUCUGUAUGUCAAGGGAUAUGGAGUAGAAAAGAAAAAUUACACUAAGGCGAAAGAGUAUUUUGAGAAGGCUGCUGAGAAUGACGAAGCUGGUGGGCACUAUAAUUUGGGAGUUAUGUAUUUUAAAGGGAUUGGGGUAAAGAGGGAUGUGAAAGCUGCUUGUCAAUACUUCCUGUAUGCUGCCAAUGCUGGUCAACCGAAGGCAUUCUACCAACUGGCAAAGAUGUUUCAUAUGGGUGUUGGGCUCAAGAAGGAUCUCGUUAUGGCAACUGCAUUAUAUAAACUUGUGGCAGAGCGAGGACCAUGGAGUUCCUUGUCUAGAUGGGCGCUGGAAGCAUACUUGAAAGGGGAUGUUGGUAAGGCAUUAUUUUUGUAUUCAAGGAUGGCUGACCUAGGUUAUGAGGUAGCACAAAGUAAUGCCGCAUGGAUUCUCGAUAAAUACGGAGAACAAAGCUUGUGCAUGGGAGAGUCUGGAUUGUGCACCGAUGCUGAAAGGCACCAGCGUGCACAUUUUCUGUGGUGGCAAGCUUCUGAACAGGGCAACGAGCAUGCUGCUUUGCUGAUUGGUGAUGCAUAUUAUUAUGGCCGGGGUACCGAGAGAGAUUAUGAACGUGCAGCCGAUGCUUACCAGCAUGCCAAGGCACAAUCUAAUGCACAAGCCAUGUUUAAUCUUGGUUACAUGUAUGAGCAUGGUCAAGGGCUACCUCUAGAUCUUCAUCUGGCUAAGAGAUACUAUGACCAAGCACUAGUGGUUGAUCGUAAUGCAAAAUUGCCCGUCACACUGGCACUCAUGAGCCUUUGGAUACGUAAAAACUACGCCGAUAGUUUCCUGGUUCACUUUAUUGAUUCAUUACCCGAAGCCUAUCCGAAAGUGGAGGAAUGGGUAGAGAAUGUGCUCUUAGAGGAAGGAAACGCAACUAUUCUAACACUUUUCGUCUGUCUCAUUACCGUUCUAUAUCUUCGCGAGAGACAACGCCGACAGGCUGUUGUUGUAGCCGCUGCAGCUGCAGCAGCAGCAGCAGGAGAUAUUCCCGAACCACACCGCCCUGACGACCAUAUGGAACCUGUACCUAAUUGAUGUAGUUCCGAGACUAUAUGGGUGGGGAGAGGCUGUCUCAACUCAAACAAAGGUACCUAGUUAAGACACCUUCUCUUUCGAUACUUUUGAUGUAUAGGUCCUUUUACUACUGUGACACUCUAGAUUUAGUAGUCUCCAAAGAAUUAUUAUCCAUGUUAUAAAAUUUUAACAUUGUAUUGUUUGUACCA